GCUUAUAUGCAUACGCUUAUAUGCAUACGCUUAUAUGCAAAUGCUUAUAUGCGAACGCUUGUAUGCUAACGCUUGUAUGCAUGUACGUACGCACGUGAUUACGAAGGGCUAACUGAGAAGUGGUGAAUCGAACGGGGGACACCCAAGCUGUGAGCUGCAAAGAGGGGGAAUUCACUUGUGCGCUGCGAAGAGGGGGAGCCGCUCUCUCUGCAAACGUGAGAGAGGAGAACAACUGGCAGCAAAUGUAAGCAAAAAAAAAAAAAUGAAAAAACUAUUUUUUUGCUUCCUACUCGUCCUUGCCAACUCAGUGACUGUUCAUUGCAGUGGUGGCGAUGACGACCAGGGAGUGGCUUUUAAGGAGAAAAAUGUAAAAACAGAAAAGGGGGCAGAGGAAUGGCUUCCCAACAGUGAUGUGUGGGGCAGUGGAAAUGGCACUAUUGGAAGGCAGGCCAAUGGCCGCACUUUGAGAAUGCUAAAUGCGGGCGAAAGCGGAAGUGGCGACGGAAGCAACCCGUACGACAGUGACGACUCGGAUGAGGACGACUCGGAUGGCGACGACUCAGAUGAUGACGAUGAAAACCAAGACAGCGACGAGAACAACUUUGAAGUGCCCAUCAACUGCACAGAUGGAGAGUGCCUGAACUCGAUGGACGAUAUUAACAAAAUAAUCGAUGAUAAGAAAAAAAAAUUAAAAAAUAAAAAGAAGAGAGGAAAAGCUGUGCAGAUAAUAAAACCAAAUGUAAACCAUACGGAACUGAUAAUCAUUGAAGAAAAUUUAGAAAUUCUCAAAAGUAUUGAAAAGCCAAUCGCCAUCGUAUCCGUUUUGGGAGACAUGCACACAGGGAAGUCUUUCCUCCUAAAUUUGCUCAACGAACAUGUAGUGAAGGACGUCAGUAAAAGUGAAAAAAAUAUCGAAAAGGGAUUCAAAGUGGGAAAUGACAUCACGGCGAGUACGUACGGUAUAUGGAUUUGGUCAGAGCCAAUUAAAAUCACCGUAGGGAAGUUAAAAAAAAUGUAUGACUAUAUAGAUCAAAAUUUCACCAACUUUGUAAAAAAUUAUGAAUAUGAAAAGGAUGAAUAUAAUGAAGAAAUUAUAGAUUUGCUAAACCUGUACAAGACAGACGAUUGGCUAGCCAAAAUUGACGAGUUGAAUUUGGCUGAAUCUCAGGAAGUGAAUUUAAUUUUAAUGGACACCCAAGGGUUGAACAGCCCAAAUGUGAAUAAGCGGUACGACGAAAUAUUGUACGCCCUUACCAAUUUAAUAUCCACCGAUAUUAUCUUCCUAACCAUGAAAAUGAUUAACAAUAAGGACUUGGAGUUUAUAGAAAAUAUUACGAAAGAUGCCAACCUGUUUAUGCUCAGAGCGUACACCCGAUCUAACGGAUCCACUUUUUCUAUAAAGAAAAAUAAUUUUGACAAAAUUUUAGACCAUAUGGAAAGCGUAGAGAAUAACUCCCUAAUAUUGGAGAGCAUCGCUUCGAAGAACCUGAUGUGGGUGGUGCACGAUUUCAGUCAACGGCUGGACGUGCGGAAGGGGAAGCUGUGGCUCGACAUUUUGUUAAACUCUGACCGGAGGGACCUGGACAUCAAGUAUUGGAAGAAAAUCAUUUCCAAUAAGAGCAAGGAGAAGUACGACGCGUACACGACCAAGCAGAGGAAAAUCGCCUACCUGGGUUACUCCGAUGGGGGGGCCUCCAACCAGGCCGACCAAAGCGCCGGCGCCGUGGCGGAAACGUCCUCCAACUACAAACUGAACGUGCUGUACAAAAACAUAGACUGCGUGCUGCUCCGAAAUAUGUAUAACAACAAGGAGUUCGAUUUUACGAAUGCGAACCUGGCCGACCUGAACGAUGAGUACAAAAAUGACGUGAUGCUGCUGAGGUAUAAAAUUUACCUGCGCGCUUUGCUGUUCCCAAAGAAGAUGUAUUCCAAUGUGCAGAUGAAUUACUGGAUGGGGAAAAUGAGGAAGGAGCAGCAGAUGCGCAACCAGGAGGGGAAAGGCGGGGCCGCAAAAAAGACCACCGAUGGGGGAGAGAACCAUAGCAGCGGUAGUUACGGCGCCGAGAUGAGCAACAGAUACAUGUCGGGGCAGGACGUGCACGACUUUAUCACGUUUCUAGUCCGAUCGGCCAACCAAAACCUCUUCACAAAUGUCAACCAGUUUUUCAAACAGUUCAAAAUUAACAGAGCGGAAAUUAGCAGAAACGAUUUGGUAUUCCUCUACAAGAAGUACCUCCUACAGUUUAUGGAAAAUGAGGAUGUGGAAUUUAUAAGCUACCUGAAUGACGAGGGGGACGACUUGGCAGCCAGUUUGGGAAACAAAUUCAGCUCACAUGAGAGGAAGAGCACCUUCGAAGAGGAAGAACUCUUCAGCGAGGAUUUCCCAGAGGAGGAAAAAAAAAACACGGAGGAGCGAAUGGAUAUGUAUAAGCUCCCCCCGCUGCUGAACGAAAUUAGAAAGUACGAAGAACUCAUAAGGGAACAAAUUUUAAACAUCUGGUAUAAGUACACGGAGAGCGAUUUCCAUGACGAUGAGGAGAAGGAGCUCAUCAAAGAUAUCGAAGCGAACUUGUAUGAAAGGUUGGACCAAAUAAAAAACGAAAUGGUCGAGUUGGGCGAAGCCAACAUUAAAAAGUUUUGCAAAAUUGCAUGUGAAGAUGCGUUGCAAAUCGUCGUGGAGGACAUCAAAAUGAAGAGCGACCAGUACCCCAUCAAGCAGAAAGAUCUCAUGAACUUCUUCGAAUCGGUUAGCUACAAUUUGUUGAAGUAUUUGGAAAAGAAGCUCUCCAAAAGUGCAGAAAAGUUAGACUUAAUAUAUUACAAGGACGAAAUUUGCAGCCCCCUGAUAAAUAGCACCUUCCAGGAGUUUUACUAUUUAAAAAAGAAGAACAUUACCUUAAAUGAGAGCCGUCUGAAGUUUCAUUUUUCCAAUGCAGUGUCCAAGGGGAAGGAAGUCUUCGAAAUGCUGGCAGAGAGCACCGAUAACAUAACUGAAUAUUUCAAAAACAAAAAUUUGUUUUAUGCCAUUUUGGACAAGUGGAAUGCGGAAGCGGUCAACGUGUAUAUGACCUCGUUGAGUGAUUUUUCAAAAGAGGAAAAGGAAAUCAGCGAGGAGUACCUAAUCAUUCUCGAUAACGACAUAAAGGUUCUGAAGCAAAAGGCCAUGGAAAAAUGGCACAACCAUUGUAAGGACAAAACUAGCGCCCUCUUCAACAUGCAUAAGGGCAAUUUGAAGAAAAACUUCCUCGAAAAUUUCAACUUCCCACUAGACGAACUGGUACUGCAGGAUAUAUUCCUGAGUCUUAAGGGGCAGGAAGAACUCAAGUACAUGGAUAUCUACUGCUCCAAUGAGGAGUCCUGGCAGGGGGAAUACAAGAAAUUUCUCCUUCUAACAGAUGAGGUGUAUAAAUUUAUAAAGGAUGAAAAUUUGAAGGCCAUUCAGAUAACCUGCCAGCAACCGCUAGACGAUUUAAAAAAUGGCAUAAGACACGAAAUAAAGAAAUACUACCUGUGGAGGUCCCUAAAAAAUGAACUCUACAGUAGAGCGUUGGUUGUACUGUCUAGCAACAUUGAAAAUAUUUAUCUGAAAAAUCAAAGGGAAAACAAAAUACAGUCUUCUAUAGAGGAAAAGCUCAGCACCAAAAAUACACACUACAGAAAAAUUUCGAAAGAAUUAAUGAGCAAAGUUAUAAACCGGUGGUUAAACAAUGAUAUAUAUAAUAUUUACUACCCCAUAAUUAGGAAGCAGCUCAUUCAUAAGAUUAUAUGCUACCUGGGAAUGCUCAUUCUGAUGUUCAUAACGUGUGUAGUGUUGUAUUUUAAAAAGUUUCACAUCAGCUUCUUCUUCUUAAUAAUCAUUUCGCUCUUUAUGAUAUUUGGAUACGCUCAGAUAUCGCUCUACGUUAAGAAGUUCUUCCGCCAUGUGGUCUUUUACUUUUACGAGGGAAUUGCCAACGUGUUUGGAACGGAGGGAGCCAUCAUUUUCACCAUUCUGUUCAUCAGCGUGACAGCUAUUUACCUGUACAAUUACCACAUCGUGAGGAUUAAGAACAAAGUGGCAAAGAAUACCAAGAAGAUUUUCCAGUCCCAAAAUCUUAUGAACUUGUCUGGCGUGAAUGGCUUUAAAGAUAUGAAUGGCAACCCCAAGACGAGGAUAUUCAAGCCGAAUAUAAUGAAGUACUCCGAUUAUGAUAAGAGGGAUGGCAAGUACCUCACUUCUAACCUCACGCAGGAUUACAAGAUGCACAAUGAUGCCUCGCAGUUCAUAGACCUUAAGAGUAGGCCAAACCGGGGCAACAAGGUGGACGACUACCCGCCGUACAGCAACCCCAGCAAGUUUCAGCGGCGCUCCUACUUGGAUUAG